UGAAAGUGACACAGAUAAUAUCUCCUCACAAAAAUCCAUCCCACUCCAAACCAAACAAACAGGAGGCCAAGAAUCUCUCUCUCUCACUGAUGAACCAAUGGCCCAGCAGCAGCAGCUAACCAAGUGCAGCGCCUGGUCCACCGCUCCCAACCUCAAUCUUCCCCGCCAGAACACCCAGCGUUUCGCCUUUCCCAAUGCCAGGCGCCAAAACCCAAAUCAGAAGACCAAGAGUCUGAAUUGGUGGAUGCGAGGGUUUGGGAAUCAUGCGAGGGCGUUGGUGGCGAAGGCGAGUAAUGGCGGGGCAGGGACCGAGGUGGCGGAGAAUACGGUGGUCGACAGGCCGAAACUGCAGCCCUUUCAGGUGUCUCAGGGUCAUCCGAGUGCGCUCGGUGCCACGGCGCGUGAUGGCGGGGUUAACUUCGCCGUCUAUUCCGGCAAUGCGGUUUCCGUCACUCUCUGUUUGAUCACUCUCUCCGAUUUAGAGGGGGAUAAAGUUACUGAGCUGAUCCCUCUUGAUCCUUUGACCAACAAGACCGGAAAUGUGUGGCAUGUACUUCUCAAGGGAGAUUUCAAAGAUAUCCUUUACGGAUACAAAUUUGAUGGGAAGUUUUCGCCUGAAGAGGGACACUACUAUGACUCUUCUAGAAUUGUAUUGGAUCCUUAUGCAAAGGCAGUUAUUCGUAGAGGAGAAUUCCGCAAGCUAGGUCCUGAUGGUAAUUGCUGGCCUCAAAUGGCUGGAACGGUACCUUCUUUUGAUGAUCAGUUUGACUGGGAAGGAGAUUUACCACUAAAAUAUCCACAAAAAGAUCUUAUCAUAUAUGAAAUGCAUGUGCGAGGGUUCACAAGGCAUGAAUCGAGCGUGACUGACUUUCCUGGUACAUACCUUGGUUUGGUGGAGAAACUUGAUCAUUUAAAGGAGCUUGGGAUCAAUUGUUUAGAGUUAAUGCCAUGUCAUGAGUUCAAUGAGUUGGAGUACUUCAGCUACAAUUCUGUCUCGGGUGACUACAAGGUAAAUUUUUGGGGAUACUCAACUAUCAAUUGCUUUUCACCAAUGAUAAGAUAUUCUUCUGCUGGCAUACGUAAUUGUGGCCGUGAUGCAAUAAAUGAAGUCAAGUUUCUCAUUAAAGAAGCACAUAAACGUGGAAUUGAGGUGAUCAUGGAUGUUGUCUUCAAUCCAGCUGAAGGGAAUGAAAAUGGCCCCAUGUUGUCUUUUAGAGGUGCUGAUAAUAGUGUCUAUUACAUGCUUGCGCCUAAGGGAGAGUUCUAUAAUUAUUCGGGAUGCGGUAACACAUUCAAUUGCAACCAUCCUGUUGUGCGCCAGUUUAUUGUAGACUGCUUGAGAUAUUGGGUAACAGAGAUGCAUGUGGAUGGGUUCCGCUUUGAUCUUGCUUCUAUUAUGACCAGGGGUAGCAGUCUCUGGGAUGCAAUUAAUGUAUAUGGGAGUGCAAUAGAAGGUGACUUUUUGACAACUGGAACCCCUCUUGCUACCCCACCAUUGGUUGACAUGAUAAGUAAUGACCCAAUACUGCAUGGAGCGAAGCUUAUAGCUGAAGCAUGGGAUGCUGGAGGCCUGUACCAAGUUGGUAUGUUUCCUCACUGGGGUAGUUGGUCAGAAUGGAAUGGGAAGAACUGGCUGCACAAGGAUCUGGGAAGGCUGUGCCAUUAUAUCGUGACAGUGCGGCAGUUUAUCAAAGGUAGUGGCUUUUCUGGGGCUUUGGCUGAAUGCCUUUGUGGGAGCCCUAAUUUAUAUCAGGAAGGAGGGAGGCCAUGGAAUAGUAUCAAUUUUGUUUGUGCACACGAUAGUUUUACUUUAGCUGAUUUAGUAAUCUAUAACACCAAACAUAACCUGGCAAAUGGAGAAGACAACAAUGAUGGAGAGAGUCAUAAUAAUAGCUGGAACUGUGGACAGGAGGGAGAGUUAACAAGCAUUUCAGUGAAGAAAUUGAGGAAACGACAAAUGCGGAAUUUUUUUGUCUGCCUCAUGGUUUCCCAAGGUGUCCCGAUGCUGUGUAUGGGUGAUGAAUAUGGUCAUACAAAAGGGGGAAACAACAACAAAUAUUGCCAUGAUAAUUAUAUUAAUUACUUUCGAUGGGAUAAGAAAGAAGAGUCCUCAUCGGACUUUUUCAGAUUUUGCUACCUCAUGACCAAAUUCCGCCAGGAAUGCAAGUCACUUGGGUUAAAUGACUUCCCAACGGCAGAGAGGCUGCAGUGGCAUGGUCAUGCUCCUGGGGUGCCAGACUGGUCUGACACAAGCCGCUUUGUUGCCUUUACUCUGAUGGACGCUGUGAAGAGAGAGCUGUAUAGCUUCAAUGCCAGCCACUUAGCUGUGAUCAUUUCUCUGCCGGAGAGGCCUGGAUACAGAUGGGAGCCCUUGGUCGACACCAGCAAGCCUGCACCAUUUGACUUCCUUACUAGUGACCUUCCAGAAAGAGAUACCGCAAUUAAACAGUAUGCUCACUUUCUCGACGCCAAUUUAUAUCCCAUGCUAAGUUAUUCUUCAAUCAUCCUGUUACUUUCUCCCGUCGAAGAUCCAUAGCAUAAUGAAAGCACCGGUGCAGAAUCCGUAUUUACAGAUAUUACGAUGAAAGAAACUAGUGGCUUGUUCAAAUCCUUGCAUUAUCAACUGGGAGUCCGGAACAAAUUAUAGAAGGGAAGUAAAUGGUAAAGUUGCAAGUAGUAGAGAUUCUGUGGAAAUAGUUUGGAGAGAAAUCAUGUUCAAGUUUCUAAUACCCCACAACAAAAUAAUAAAUAAAUAAAUAAUAUAAAGAUGAAUAAAUUCGCUACGUGUAUAAAUUUUAAGCAAAUGUAUAAUGUUUUGAUUGUAUGUGCCUUGUGAAUAAAGUUAUUGGAGAAGUUGGUUAGUAACUA